AUGUAUCGGCAAGUCCUUGUCGAUCAAAGGCACACGCCGCUGCAGCACGUGUUUUGGAGAACCGAUCCAACGAAACCACUUAGGGUGCUAGAGUUGACGACGGUCACCUACGGCACUGCAUCCGCACCAUUUCUGGCCACACGAGCGCUCCAGCAGCUGGCCAGAGACGAGAAGCAUCGAUUCCCAUUAGCAGCCAAGAUCAUCGAGGAAGACUUCUACGUCGACAACGCGCUGUUCGGUUUCGACGACAUUUUACAAGCUUCCGAAGCGCAAUCGCAGCUAAUCCAACUGUGCAAGGCAGGCGGAUUUGAGUUGCACAAGUGGUCGUCGAGCUGUCCGGAACUCUUGGAGGCCAUUCCGGAAGCCGAUCGGGAGGAGCUUGUCAGCGUUGGUGGAACUGGAACCAAGGAGGUGAUCAAGGCUCUGGGUCUGCUGUGGAACCCCGCGGCGGACGAACUACAAUUUGCGCCGCUGCCUUCCAAACGAGGAGGGCGGCCAACGAAAUCGCAAGUGCUUUCGCGUGUCGCGAACAUCUUCGACCCGGCCGGAAUCGCUGCGCCAGUGGUUCUCGUCGGCAAAUUAUUGAUGGAGCGUAUCUGGGAAAAGGAGAUUGGAUGGAAUCAGCAGAUACCUGAAGAGCCGGGACCUCGACAAGAUUCGAGUGCCGCCACGCGUACGGAGCUUGCGGAACUGAACCUGCUGUGCGCCAAAUCGAAAUUGGUUCCAAAGACGGUGAAAACGAUCCCACGGAGUGAGCUGCUGGCCGCACGCUUGCUGCACCGGUUGGUCAAGAACGUCCUGGAGGCGGUGGACUUCGUCUUCAGGAAAAUUGUGCUGUGGUCUGACAGCCAGGUCGUGCUUGCUUGGCUAAAAAAGAAACCUGAUCAACUGGAGGUGUUUGUGAAAAAUCGGGUUGCUGAGAUUGUCGCUACCGGCGGUAUUUUCGAGUGGAAGUAUGUGCGCACUGCAGACAACCCUGCAGAUAUCGUUUCACGCGGUAUGUCUGCAACCAAGCUAGCAACCAACGAGAAAUGGAAGAAGUGCGCAGAGUACCAGCGAAGUGAGAUCUGCGAAAUGGAGGAACCAGAGCCGCUGCCAGAUGAUGCCGUUCCAGAGCUUUGUCGUGAUGUGGUCGUAAGCGCGGCCAUCCAGUACGAAACAUUUCAACCAACGUUCGAGAGAAUCGAAUCGUUUCGAGAGCUGCAGCGCAUCUUUGCCUACGUCGUGCGGUUCUGCCGCAACUGUAAGGAGAUGGUCAAGGAAAGGCGGAUCGUGUCAAGGUAA